AUGCCUCGAGUCAAAACGAAAGAGACAAAAGAAGCGAAAGAGCGACACACCAGAACUACCAAGGCUUGUGAGCUUUGUCAUAGACAGAAGACCCGUUGUUUGAAGUCUGGUUCCUCAUCUAGCUGUUUCAGGUGCCUGGCUCUUGAAAAGCCAUGUUCGCUUGCUUCGGAACCGAUCUCUCCCUCUGUUCCCGAGACUCAUAAUCAGGAAUUAGAGCAGAUUUCCGUUGGGUACAGUCUUGCGUCCAUUUCUGCCGAUGUCCGCGAAGUUCUCAGGGUCCUGAAAAAUCCAUACUUACCUGAACCUAGCCCGUAUGUGGCCGAGGAUUUCAAGCUCAAUUUGACCCAUAAGCCGUUCCUGACCAGCAGUGGGUCUCCAUUGUUAUAUUUAGCAAGCACCAGGCCGCCAAACGCCAGCUUUCCGCCAACAAUUCUGUCUCAGCUUCAUUUGCUGCCUGUCAUCACUCCUCAGACAGAUAUUAUUUCACAGGGGUUUUUGGGUAUCGACGAAGCAGUCAAGUUACUCGAUAUUUUCCGCGAUAGAUACGGAAGGUGGAUUUCGUAUCCUGAAGAGUUGCCAACAGCCAAUUUGCUGGAGCAUUUCCGUGCCAAAUGUCCCCUGCUACUGACUGUUGUCUGUGCUCUGUCGUUGAGAUACGGAGAUCCAAAGCUUAAAGAACUUGUUUACGACCAGAUGCUGAUUGUGAUCAAGACAGACCUCGAGGCCAACCUUAUCAACAUGCCGCGUAACUUGGAGUUCAUCCAGUGUCUGACCAUUUUGUCUAUCUACAGUGUUAGUUUGAGUCAAGAGUCUGCCGGACUGAGACUGGACGGAUGGUAUCUUUCUCACCUGGGGAUCGAUCUGUUCAUGCAAUUGAACAACUUCGGACUCAUGGACAACCUGUACGAUGUGAAUUUUGGCGGAGACGACUUCAACGAGCUCACGGCAUACAGAACUUACAACACUCUGGUACUGAUCCAUAUGGCGUACUGUUUGUUAACGGGAAAACAGUCUUUCUACUCUCUCAAGACUUUGCAACCUCGCAAGUUCUACGACAACCCGUUGUCCACUAACUUCGACUACCGUGUGAUUGCCGAAAUGGAAGUGUAUCUCUUUGCGUACCGGUAUCUACACAUGGACGAGGAUUUUGAGACGGUCCAGAACGACAUGAAAGACUGGUUAUCGGAGUGGGAGGAGCUCUUCACGAGCUCUGCUAACGAGUUUGUGGAGAUCGACUACCAUUUCACAGAGAUGCUUCUGAUGCUGUGGAAAAAACGGUUCUUCUUGCACGACGUGAAAAGAGACCCGGAGGUGCUACAGUCGGUGAAUUUCCACGCGACACAGAUCCUAUCACUCGCGAUUUCGAUCAAAGACGACUCGUACUUUGCAUUUCUGUCCGAUCAGAUGCAUUUGAUCAUCGUCUACAGCGCAAAAAUAAUGAUGGGGCUCGACCUCCAUCAGUCCGCCCAAGUAAGCGAUUUACUUGACAACUUGGCUCAUAGGUACGGCAGAAUAGCCACUGCUGAAAACGACAUGACGAUGGCGUACUCGGAAACCUUGAGUUAUAGGGGUUGA